AUGGGCGUCACCGGCCUCUGGACCGUGGUGCAGCCGUGCGCGCGGCCGAUCAAGCUCGAGACGCUGAACAAGAAGCGGCUGGCGGUGGACGCGUCCAUCUGGAUCUACCAGUUCCUCAAGGCGGUGCGCGACAAGGAAGGAAACGCGCUGCGCAACAGCCACGUCGUGGGCUUCUUCCGCCGCAUCUGCAAGCUGCUGUUCGUCGGCAUCCGGCCCGUCUUCGUCUUCGACGGCGGCGCCCCGGCCCUCAAGCGCCAGACCAUCAGCGCACGCAGGCAGCGCCGCGAGGGCCGCCGCGAGGAUGCGGUCCGCACGGCGGGCAAGCUGCUCGCGGUGCAGAUGCAGCGCCGGGCUGAGGAGGAGGAGCAGAGGCGGAAGGAUGCGGCGAGGAGGAGAGAUGACGAGCCGGAGGAGGAGCGGAUCCCGGAAGAUGUGGUGUACGCGGAGGAGGUGGCGAUGACGGAGGGCGAAAGGCGCGCGGCCCGCGGCGGGUUCAAGAAGAAGGACGCGUACCACCUGCCGGAGCUGGACGUGUCGCUGUCGCAGAUGGGCGCGCCCAACGACCCGCGCAUCAUGUCGCUCGAGGAGCUCGAGGCGUACGCGCGCCAGUUCGAGCAGGGCGAGGACAUCAACGUCUACGACUUCUCCAAGAUCGACUUCGACAGCCCCUUCUUCCUGAGCCUGCCCGCCACCGACCGGUACAAUAUCUUGAACGCAGCCAGGCUGCGCAGCAGGCUGAGGAUGGGCUAUUCGAAGGAUCAGCUGGACAGCAUGUUUCAGGAUCGCAUGGCUUUCUCAAAGUUCCAGAUCGAGCGCGUGAGGGAGCGGAACGAGCUGACGCAGCGGUUGAUGAACAUCAAUAAUGGCGAUACGCUGUACGGAAUGGAUGCUGGCGGCCGAGUGGCUGGUGAGAAGAACAGGGAAUACGUUUUAGUCAAGAAUGAAGGCGUUGAAGGCGGCUGGGCGCUCGGCGUUGUGGACAAGGAUGAGGGCAGAUUCGACAAGCCUAUCGAUGUUGAUAGGAGUAGCCCUCCCAAGGAAGAGGAGGAUGAUCAAGAAUGGGAAGAUGAAGACGACUUUGAAGAUGUGCCCAUUGAAGGCCUUAAUCGGCUACCUAAGCAACAGCCUGCUGCCGAUGACAGUCGGACAGCGGACCUGACAAAACGACGCCAGGAAUUCUACAAAUCUCGGCAAGCUGGCACUACGAGGCGGCGCAAACCUCGGAGCGCUGAUCCAGACUCACUUUUCGUCGAAGCUGAAGAUGAGGAAGAAUGGGAGAACGUCGAAGUGGGUCAUGAGCAACAAAACGAAGACGAGGAAGAUGAGGAGCUUCAGCGAGCCAUCGCCAUGUCCUUACAGCAAGAUAACGAUGAGCCUUCAAAGCCGCAAGCACAAGCCGAAGAGGACGACGAGGAUGAAUUUCUUGAAGUCUUUGGGCAGCAAAGAGCAGAGGAAUCCAGGCCCUUCACCAAAGGCAGUGGUCUCGCCAUUGCGCGCAUGGCGAACAAUCGGAGUGCCAGGAUAGCAAAACCGGUAGCCGAAAGUGAUAGCGAGGACGAGAUGAACCUACAAGCAGCCCUCGCCGAGUCACGACAGUCGAAGCAUAAGUCGGCUCGCCCCGGACAGCCCCGCAAGGUAGCCACACCAGCGAAGCCUACAACGUCGACGCAGCCUGCUGCCAAGUCAUCAUCAAACGCGUCUGGUUUCAGCGGUCCUCUGCCGUUCGAGAAGCUUGAUCUGGGGAGCUCACUGCUGGGAAAGAAGAAGAUGCAGAAGCUGCAGGAAGAACAGGCAGGCGGGUUUGAGCGGCCUGAUGACGAGGAGAAAAAGAAAGCGAAGCCACUUCCUCCUUGGUUUGCCGAAAAUCGGGACGUGAGGGAUGAUUUCGCCGAGCAGAAGAGGCUGGAAGCAGAGCAACGAGAGCAGGAUCGGAAGGAAUUGGAGAAGGAGUUUGUGUUUGAAGAAACGCCAAGGCUGAGGAAGCACGAGACGAAUGAGGUCAUUGACCUUGAGGCGGAACCAUCUAAGGAGAAAGAGGUCAUCGAUAUUCAGUCUUCAGAGGAUGAGGAGGACUUGGAGAUGGAGGAUGUGAUGCCUGUCGAUCAUGAGCUUAGGAUGGGAGAUCUUGCGGACAAAGUGAGAGCUGAACCGCCGCAUGAGCCACCAUCCGUACCAGAAGCUCCAGCGCAGCCAACGCAAGAGCCGCCCAUGGUCAUUGAGACUAUGGCUCCGUCACAAGACCAGGAAAAGGCAGGUGAGUCGGAAGGAGAGCCCAUCGAAUGGUCGGAGAGCGAGACCGAGCAGCCCAAAAAUGAGCAUGUAAAAGGAAGAGGAGAGCAUGAAGCCAAUUCACAACCUGUUGGCGGUGAGGCGGAACCUCCAAAGUCACGGUCAUCCUCGCCAGAAUUCGAGACAGUCAUUGACACGGAGACGGCCCCCGAUCAGACUGUCAGGCCAUCGCCACCGCUUGCCGAUGUUCCAGAAGGUCCUGUUCCCACGUCCGGUUUUGCAGACCAGGAGAUGCUGGACGAUCAACCGGACGACGAGUCCAUCUACUCAGACCCGGAGGAUGAGGAGCUCUUCCGACAGCUGGCCGUCGAGGCCGAAGAGCACGCGCGCUUCGCAUCGACGCUCAACAACAAGUCUCAAGAAGCCAACGCGCUGGACUACGAGCGCGAGCUCAAGGCGCUGCGCACGCAGCAGAAGAAGGACCGGCGCGACGCGGACGAGGUGACGCAGACGAUGAUCGCCGAGUGCCAGCAGCUACUAUCACUAUUCGGGCUGCCGUACAUCACGGCGCCGAUGGAGGCCGAGGCGCAGUGCGCGGAGCUGGUGCGGCUGGGGCUGGUCGACGGCAUCGUGACGGACGACAGCGACACGUUCCUGUUCGGCGGCACGCGCGUCUACAAGAACAUGUUCAACCAGGCCAAGUUCGUCGAGUGCUACCUGGCCCAGGACCUGCAGGCCGAGUUCGGCCUCACGCGCGAGCGCCUCAUCGCCGUCGCCCAGCUGCUCGGCUCCGACUACACCGAGGGCAUCACCGGCGUCGGGCCCGUCACCGCGCUCGAGAUACUGUCGGAAUUCGGCUCCCUCGAGGCCUUUCGCGACUGGUGGAAGGAGGUCCAGUCCGGCGCCCGCCCGCGCGAGGCCGACGCCCACGUGCCUUUUCGCCGCCGCUUCCGCAAGGCUAACGCCACGAAGCUGUUCUUGCCGGCCAGUUUUCCCGACCCCCGCGUCGAGGAGGCGUACAUGAAGCCUGAGGUCGAUGAUGACGCGACCGGCUUCGCGUGGGGCGUGCCCGACCUCGACGCCCUGCGCCGCUUCCUCAUGAGCACCAUCGGUUGGUCCAGCGAGCGCACCGACGAGGUGCUCGUGCCCGUCAUCCGCGACAUGAACACGCGCGAGCGCGAGGGCACGCAGAGUAACAUCACGGCGUUUUUGGACAAGGGGAGUACCGUCGGUGCCGGGGCGUGGGCGCCGAGGAGGAGGGAUGAUGGCGGUGGGGCUGGUGGUGGGAGAGGGGGGAGGGCGAGGGGGAGCGGGAGGUUGGUUAAUGCGUUGAAGGGGAUUGGGGCUCGGGCGAGGAGGGAGGGGGGUGGGGGUGUGGAUGAUGCUGCUGAUGGUGAAGUUGAAGUUCAAGCUGUUUCCGAAGAGCGGGAGGAGCAAGACCAGGAGCCCACGCAGCGGACAGCGCGGAAAGGGAAGGGGGCGAAGAGGAAGAAGACUGUGGUUGAGGAUGAUGAAGACGAGGAAGAUGGGGGUGAUGGUGAUUUUGAGGAGGAAGUGGAUGGUGAUGCGGCGUACGAAGAGGAGCCGAAGAAGAAGAGGGUACGAAAGGGUGCAGCAAGCAAUGCGAGGGGCGGCAGAGGUAGAGGAAGAGGCCGUGGAAGGGGUGAGAGGGCGUUGAAUAACGCGGACUUCAUCCGAAGUGUGAUGGAUUGA